AUGAGACAUUCUUUCUUCUGCCGGCGGCGGGAGGCGGCGGCCGUAGAAGCUCUGGUAGCCAUCGUGAUUCUUGUCAGCCUCUCCGUGCUGCACCACCAGCAUAUAGCUGGUAAACCAUCGCUCAGCUCUCCCCUUUUACACUUUCCGCUCGGGCUUUUUCCGAUCUGACUCAGUGAGCUUGUCUCAAUUUGCAGAGUGCGCAAGAACAUCUCAAGCACAUCGCCACCAUCCCCAUCACCAUCGUCAUCGUGGUCAUGAUGAUUAUGCUCACAACAGUCGUCAUCACAAUAGAGAGGAGAUGUUGAACAAGGGCAAACAAGAUCGAGAGAAGAUGGAGUGGUGGGCUGAAGAUUACAGCGAGGUGAGGAGGAGAUGGCCGAUCCACAACCGGCUGCAGCCUUGA